GCCUGCGCGGCGGCGGCCUCGGGAGGGCGCGUGGGGAGGAUGGAGGCGCUGCCGUCGCCGCUGGAGUCGGCCAGGUUCAUCGCGGAGCGCAGCAGGGACGUCUCCGUGGAGGAGGAGGGCGUCAGGAGCGUGGCGGAGGCCCUGUUCGACAGAGUCUCGGCGGCGGAGUUCGGCGUGGCGGGCUGGAAGAGCCUCCACGAGCUGAACCCGCGGGCGGCGAGCGAGGAGGCGGUGAACUGGGUGUUCCUGGUCGACACGCUCAACUUCUCCUUCUGGUCCGAGCGGGACGACCGCAAGUGCCUGGUGCGCUACAAGGGCAAGAGCUACAGCGGCUACUGGUCCCUCUGCGCCGCCGUCAACAGGGCGCUCGACGACGGAAUACCUAUUACCAGUGCCUCGUAUUAUGCCACCAUGACACUUGAGCAAGUUAAGCAUGUAUUCCGCUCUGACACGGAUGUCCCCAUGCCUUUGAUUGAAGAGAGGCAUCGUGUGCUGAAUGAAAGUGGAACGGUUCUGUUGGAGAAGUUUGGAGGCUCUUUCCUCACCUGUGUUAAAAUGAGUGAAAAAAGUGCUCAGAAACUACUAUGUUUAGUAGUGGAAAAUUUCCCUUCUUACAGAGAUGAAGCUGUAUUUGAGAAUAAAAAAGUAACCUUUUACAAACGAGCACAAAUACUUGUGGCUGAUACCUGGAGUGUAUUAGAAGCCAAAGGAGAUGGCUGCUUUGGUGACAUUUCUAGUCUGACUAUAUUUGCUGACUACAGGAUCCCUCAAGUUCUUGUUCACUUAAAAGCAAUGAAAUACUCUGAGGAACUAAUGCAAAAACUAUGUGAAGGAGCAAUUUUCCAAUCUGGAGAUAAGCAGGAGGUGGAGAUCCGUGGUUGCUCUAUUUGGUGUUGUGCAUUGAUUUGUAAGCACCUGCUGGAGCUCUAUGAGAAGAAGGGUCAGGACAUGCGUGAAAAGAUCAAUGCGGUUUUACUUGAUUAUUAUCUUUGGGACUAUGCCAGGGAUCACAGAGAAGAAAUGAAGGAUAUUCCAUUUCACAGAGUACGGUGUAUAUAUUAUUAAUGACAGUCUCAACAGUGGUUGUAUUGAUGCAUUAUUCUGCAUUGCUUUUUUCAUACUUUUGGUUUGUCAAAUACUGAUCUGGAACUUGCUAAGGCAAAUUACUUGCUUUCUGAUUAUGCCUUUAGUAACUCUUGUUUUUUUUUCUGAAUCUUUCACUAGCCAUCAUUGCAGUGGAACAGUGCAAAACUUCUGUGGACGAAACCUGAGUUAAUAUUAUUACUCAUGCUUCCAGCCCUGUGCUUGCCUGUGUAUGUAUAUAUGCAUUUGUAUAUAUGCACACAAAUGCAAACAUACCCUUUACACUCCAGCUGGUUGUUUUUGUGGCAGCACUGUGCCUCGAGGUGACCUGUUGUUUGUGCUCAAGAAAGCCGGAGCUUUUCCUGUCGCAGUGGAUUAUUACGGCCGACUGUGUGAUUAUUAAAAAAGAUGCGUGCGCUGA